AUGAGUGGACUUUUUGUGCUCUUCCUUCUGAUCUAUCUGAUGACUCUUAUCAUGAACCUUCUUAUUUUUUUCCUGGUCCUCACUGACUACCAUCUGCACAACCCAAUGUAUUUUUUUCUUGGCAACUUGGCUUUUCUGGACGUUUCCUAUUCAUCAGUGACCGCACCAAGGAUGCUCUUUGACUUGCUCACAAAAAGCCAGUCAAUAUCCAUUCCUGCCUGUCUAGCCCAACUCUUUUUCUACCUCUCCUUUACAUGCUCAGAACUUUCAUUGCUCUCAGCUAUGUCCUACGACCGCUACAUUGCCAUCUGCCACCCCCUACAUUACAAACAAAUUAUGUCCUGGACAGUCUGUGCUCAAAUGGCCUCUAUGGCCUGGGUUUCAGGAUGUGCUAUCUCUUCGGUCCAUACUUUACUUUUGCUCAGGUUGUCCUUUUGUGGACCAACUUCCAUCCAGAACUUCUUUUGCAACCUUCCACACUUGAUUCAAAUUACAUGUUCUGAUCCCUUCAUAAACAUGGUGGUCAUAUUCUUAGCAGGUGCUAGUUUUGGAUUAGGAGCCUUUCUAUUGACCUUUCUUCCAUAUGUCCGUAUUUUUAGUACCAUUCUCAGAAUCCAAAGUAACAAUGGAAAGCUGAAAGCAUUCUCCACCUGCACAUCACACCUGACAGUGGUCUUCAUCUUUUAUGGCUGUUUAAUUUUUAUUUAUUUGGUUCCCACCUCCAGCAACAUGUUCAAUAUAAAUAAACUGUUUUCAGUCAUAUCUGCCCUCAUUAACCCCUUACUUAACCCUCUGAUCUACAGUCUGAGGAACAAAGACCUUAUGGAGGCACUUAUGAGGUCUUAUUAUCACUUAAAGUUAAUUCAUGCCUGA